AUGCUGGUAAAUGACUGUGGUGGUCAUGGGAGUGCCCUCGAAGUUUUACAGGAAAUCUUAAAAGGCCGUGAUAUUCAAAAUGUAAACAUCAAUGAUAUGAUGAAUGAUUUAUGCGUUAGGCUUCAUGACCGGUACUGUGAGGCACUUGUGAUAUCACCCAGUGAAGCUAGAGCUAUAUAUUCUGAUCAUAUUGUACAACCUGAACUAAUUCGUUAUGUUCGUAAAAGUAAUUCCAGUAUGAGAUAUUUUGAUUUAUCUUACAUAUGGAUUUGGAUUUUGACUAGUUCUUCUGAUGGCAAGGAUCCAAUACUUAGAGACUGGUUCUUCUGCGACUAUGGAGACCACAGGAACAACAAAAAUCCAAAAUGUCCGCUAGGAUCACAGUUCUGGCAAUACUUUGAACAUUUUGUUGCUUCUUUUCGCACACUAAAAUCAAGAAAUCUAAAUGAUGACGAAUUAACAUCGAUCUCAAAAAUUCACAUUGGAACACGUUUAAAUGGUGAUUUCGAAUUUAAGAAUCAUCAUUUGGAGUUGGAAUGCGUAGUACAUCGAGAAGACACAAAUUCAUCAAACUAUGGAAAGGGUAAAAAGGAUAUUAAAUGUGAAGACAAAACUGUAGAUGUGCAUGAAUGCAAUUAUUUUAUCAUUAAUGGUGUAUCUGCGUCAUAUGGUGAUGUAUUCCUUGAGCUAGAUACGUCAGGAAAACCGAAUGAAAAGUCUGCAUCGAGUAAAGACUUUUUUAUUUUGUUUAUAACCACAAAAUGUUUGGAUAUCAUACUACCAAAAAAUUCUGGAAUUGUAGACGCGUCUAAUUGGGACAAAUAUUUCAGUCCAUAUUCUGGCAGGGCAUAUGCUUACGCUGAUAUAGGUCCUUUGAACAUUAAUAAAGUAAGUCGCAGAGAUCUCUUAUUGGUGUAUGGAAUUGGUGAAAUUUGGGCAGAUAAAAUUAUGGCUAAGAGAGAAUACAAAGACAUAGAAGAUGUGAAAAAAAGACGAAAAUACCAGAAAGGGUGUUAA